CAUAAUUUGCAUGACAAAUUGUUUGAUAGUUUGAUCAAGAUGACGGGAUCGGAAGAUGCAGGCAUGACCACUGCCGGUGAAGAUACCGAAUCCGAAUACAUGACGGAGGAUGAGGAAGAUCCAACAGACAGAUAUGAUGCAGCAAGAUGGCUAAGGAAGAGGGUGGGUGUAGUGGUUGCAAGAGAUUUACCAGCCGAGCCAUCGGAAGAAGAUUUUAGGCAAGGAUUAAGAAGUGGGAUGGUCCUCUGCAUUGUUCUUAACAAGAUUCGGUCCGGUUCUGUUCCUAAAAUUGUGAACGCACCAUCGGCUCUCUUCUAUACACCUGACUCAACAGCUCAAGCUGCCUACUUUGAAAAUGUUAAAAAUUUUCUUACAGCCAUUGAAGAAAUGGGCCUUCCGACGUUUGAACAAACUGAUUUGGAACCGGGGGGAGAUUUUUCUAGUGUGGUGGACUGUAUACUUGCCAUGAAAGCUUAUAGUGAAAGCGGGGCUAGUGACUUUACAUGGACUCCAAGACCGUCUAGAAGUCGAAAGACAUUUCUACGCAAUAACUCAGCACCGGCCAUGAAUGCCUUUGCAAGAUCCCAAGGUGUUAGCAUUAAUGAAUUGUUGGCGGAUCAAUUUGGCGAUGGAGAUGACCUUGAAGAAGAGUGUGAUACCGGACCUCUAUACACGAUUGUUUCGGAUCUUCUUGAAGAUAGAGAGGAAGAAGACAUUCCUAUUAUUGUCGAGAAUAUACUGAAUAAAGUCAAAGAGGAAUUUGCAAGUAGAUUGGGAGUUACAACUAAUGAUGAACAAGGGUUAGCUGCAAUUGAGUCUCCUAUAUCUCAACCAAAACCUCUAACGAUUCACAAUCUGAUUAGCAAGAAUAUUUUAAAUAAUGAGAAGGAGGAAGAAAUAAAAAAAUUAGAGGAAGAAAAAGCUGCAAGAGAGCAAGAACGCAUAAAUAAAGAAAAGGAAUUACGUGCACAACAAAAGGCUAAAAAGGAAGAGGAGGAGCGCAUAAAAAAAGAGAAGGAAUUACUUGCACAACAAGAAAAGGCUAGAAAGGAAGAGGAGGAGCGCAUACAAAGAGAGAAGGAAUUACUUGCACAACAAGAAAAAGCUAGAAAGGAAGAGGAGGAACGCAUACAAAGAGAGAAGGAAUUACUUGCACAACAAGAAAAGGCUAGAAAGGAAGAGGAGGAACGCAUACAAAGAGAGAAAGAAUUGCUUGCACAACAAGAAAAGGCUAGAAAAGAAGAGGAGGAGCGCAUACAAAGGGAGAAAGAAUUACUUGCACAACAAGAAAAGGCUAGAAAGGAAGAGGAAGAGCGCAUAAGAAGAGAGAAAGAAUUACUUAGACAGCAAGAAAAGGCUAGAAGGAAAGAGGAAAAACGCAUUAAAAGAGAGAAAGAAUUACGUGCACAAAAAGCACAGGCUAGAAAGGAAAAGAUAGAACGCCUAAAAAGAGAGAAAGAAUUACUUAUACAACAAGCAAAGGAGAAAAAGCUAGAGGAACAACGCAUAAGAAGAGAGAAACGGGAACUUGAAAAACAAGAAAAGGCUAGAAGGCGAGAGGAAGAGCGCAUCAAAAGAGAGAAUCUAUCACUUGCACAAAAAGAAAAGGCGAGAGAGGAGCAAGAACGAAUAAGACAAGAAAUCGAAUUGCUUGCACUACAAGAAAAGGCUAAAGAGGAGGAAAUUGCUGCAAUUGAGUUAGAAGGGAUUAAUAGAGAGAAAGAAUUAUUAUUAGAAGAAGAAAAGGCUAACAAGGAGGAGGAGGAGCAAGAACGCAUAGAAAGAGAGAAAGAAGAAGAACGGGCUAGAAAGAAAGAUGAAUACAGAAAAAGAAUGGAUGAAUAUAACAAAUUACAUGUGAACACUCCAAAGCAACGUGAGCUAAUUGGUCAACAAGAUAACGAAUUACAGAAUCUAAGAAGCACCCUUUCUACUGCAAAAACAGAUGUGCGAUCAAUGCAAGAUAACUGUCAAGAAGAAGCCGAUAAUCUAGGAAAGCAUGUGGAUACUUUAUGUCAAGCUGCAGCCGGGUACAAGAAGGUUCUAGAAGAAAACAGAAAGCUAUACAACCAAGUGCAAGACUUAAAAGGAAGUAUAAGGGUAUAUUGUAGAGUUAGACCCUCUUUGCCUGGACAAGAGAAUCAAGUAACAAGUGUAGAUUACAUGGAUGAGGAAACCGUAACAAUUAUUGUUCCUUCAAAAUCUGGAAAAGAGGGCCGCAAAGCAUCAAUGUUUAAUAAAGUUUUCGGUCCCUCUGCAACUCAAGAAGAGGUAUUCUCAGACACCCAACCAUUGAUACGUUCAGUUCUCGAUGGAUUUAAUGUUUGCAUAUUUGCAUGUGGUCAAACGGGCGCUGGCAAAACUUACACACUGACUGGACCGGCAGAACUAACCCCAGAAACAACGGGUGUAACCUACCGAGCAUUAAAUGAUCUGUUUCUUAUCUCAGAGGAGAGAAAGAACCUCAUGAACUAUGAGAUUUCUAUCAACAUGAUUGAAAUUUACAAUGAUGAAAUUUGGGAUCUCCUUGUGACAGAUGGAACUAGCAAAUCAUUAGAGAUCAGUCAGCCUGCAAAGAAGGGAAUAAAUUUACCUGAUGCAAAUCUUGUACCGGUUUCAUCAACUGAUGAUGUUAUGAAUCUAAUGAACCUUUGUAAAAAGAAUCGCGCAGCGAAUGAUCGUAGCAAUCGUGCCCACACUUUCCUCACGGCUCAUGUUUUUGGGAAAGACUUGACAUCCGGGACUGCAACUAGAGGCUGUAUGCAUUUGGUCGACCUUGCUGGAAAUGAGAAACUUGAAAAUUCAGAUGAUGAAGCAACACAUAUUAAUCAGUCACUUUCUGCAUUAGGAGAUGUUUUGGUAGCUCUUGCCAAUAAAAGUUCUAAAGUUAACUACAAAAAUUGCAAACUCACACAAUUGCUUCAAGACGCUCUCGGAGCACAAGCAAAGAUCCUAAUGUUUGUUCAUGUGCAUCCUGAUAUGGAUGAAGCUUUGGAAACACUCAACACAUUUAAAUUCGCUGAAAGAUUUUCGGCCUUAGAUAAGUCUACCGAGGUAAAGGAUUUAAAAGAACAAAUUUGCUUAUUGAAAUCGGCUUUAGCCAAGAAAGAAGCAGGAGACCCAGGGUGGCAAGAUAUGAUAAGUUCACCAAGAGGUGGAGACCAAAAUGGUGGUUUUGAAGACGAAGAUGACGCAAAGGGCAAAAAUCCAGGUUCAAAGCAACCAGCCAAGAGUGCUCCCGCGAAAAAAGCAGCUGCGGCACCUGCUAAGUCGGGGAAGCCGGCUGCAGCUGCUGAUCCCAAGAAAAAGAAGGGAAAGUGAUUACAAUCUCUGUUUGAUUCGGUUCGAUUUCGUUUUUAUGUUUUUAUUUGUUCUUUGAUAAAUAUAGUGGCGUCUUGUAAGUACGUCCAAAUGAGUCGACGCAGCCACAGUUGUUUUAAUAUAGAUGUUGCAAUAUUUUGAGAUGUCGACCAACUGGAGUUGAUUUUACAAGAUGCUGCAUUUGUUUAUUUGUAUAAAUGUUUGCAAACAUAGAAACCCAAAGACAAUGGAAGGGACAUUGAUUCUAUUG